UCCUAGAGUUUAUGUCUAUUCCAUCCAGGCUCUAUUUCACUGUGAUCAAGUCCAGUAUACUCUGGUUCCUGUGGCAGGAUGGCAGGAUUUGGGGACCGCCUUUAUGGAGCAUAAAGAGCAGUACCAGUAUUUUGUUUUGAUAAACUGCGGAGCAAAUGUGGACCUGCUGGAGACCCUUCAGCCUGAGGAAGACUCCGUUUUCUUCAUCUGUGAUACACACCGACCUGUUGACGUGGUUAAUGUCUAUAAUGACACACAGAUUAAGCUUCUGAUAAAGCAGGAUGACGACCUUGGUGUUCCGUCCUACGAUGACAUCUUCCGUGAUGAUGAGGAGGAUGAAGAAGCUGGCGAUGAUUCUGGAAAUGAAAGUGAUGGCAGUGCAGAUCCUUCUGGGAAACGAAGGCGAUAUGAUGAGGAUGCACUGGAAAGGAGAAUAGAACGACAACGGGCCAGACGGGAAUGGGAAGCUCGAAGGAGAGAGAUUCUGUUUGACUACGAGCAGUAUGAGUUUCAUGGAACAUCA